GCCGCACCGCGGGCGACGGCAAGGAGGCAGAGACGACGCCGCCGCCGCCGCCGAAGAAGUUCUUCGACAUGAAGAACGGGCAGAGCGUGCUGGAGAGCAACUUUGCGCCCAAGGACGCCACCGCCACUGCCAACGGGGGAGGUGCAGGGUCCAAGUCGGUUGAGCUGAAGCGGUCCGCGACGGCGCGGUCGUCGAGGCGCAGGUCCGAGGACGUUUCCUCCUCGGGCGGCGGCGCCACCAAGGCCAAGCUGCAGAGGGCGCGGGAGGAGGUCGCCGCGCGCGUCAAGGAGGCGGUCAGGGAGGCGAGGGAGGCGGCGAGCGGGAGCGGGAGCGGGAGCGGCGGGGAGUCCGGGAGCAGCGGGGCUGAGGCGGGACCGGCCUCGGGGCAGCGCCGGUCCAAGAGGCUGGAGAGGCGCGAGAAGGCGGCCAAGGACGAGAAGAAGACUGGGUUUAGGGCCGCUAUCAAGCGGUUCUUUACGUGAGGUGCCCCGGGCCCCUUUUAUGUUGUUGAUGAAGUGACGAGAUUUUAUGUUUUCUUCCUUGGACCGUCACGCGUUGGGCUGUUUAUGUCUUGCUGUUUGGAGAUGACUGAUGUUUCUUCUUCAUGUUUCUCAUGAGAAUAUGACUUGUGUGGCUUUGUAAUAGCUUGUACGGGCAAUGCUGUCGAUGAAGGGAACUGUUGCAGGUUAUUGGAGUUGACGAUUUAUAUGACUGACACAUGCA